CACACACGCACGCACACACACAGCACACACGCACACUCACCCAAAAAUAUUUAGGCCUACGUAUAAAUUAUGCAUAUGGUUUAGAGGGAAGGCGCGGGAACUCAGUGCAAGUUAUUCCAGGCAGUUGGGCAAGCAAAGCUGCGAGGCAUGGUGGCGUGCGAUGAGGGCCGUUACAGUGAGGCUGUUAACAUCCUAAACCCACACAGAUACAUCAUCAUCGAUAUAGGAGGUAGCAACGCUCAGAGAGACGUGUUCAAUCAACUUCUUAUACACGCCGCAAUGAAGUCAGAUCUUUCAGAACAUCAGCGACUAGCGAGGUCGCUGUUGAUAGAAUGGAAGGCGUACAAGCGUGACUCGCCGAUGACAGACCGGUUGAUGGCGCGUGCCAUGGCUUCACACGCAGAGUAAACAUCUUUUCCUCUAAUAAACCUGCAGUAGACCUAUCCGCAUGGCGUGACUGAGAGACAACGCAAGCCAAUCAUCGUGUGGCGAGGCAUCCUAUAAAAGGCAAUGUCUGGCUACAAAGUGUCGCAAGUCGACGUUUUCUUGCGUGCACGCGUACGUAUAGAACACAUAAUCGGGUCUAGCUUAACUGACUUAGCUUA